GGCUGUUUUAAUUAAAUAUUUAGAAAACGGAGAGUGCUACAGACUCUGAGAGCAAGCUUUCGUUCUUCAUGUAGUGUUGAUCCUCCCCACUAUCAAGUGCUUAAGAGUCAGUCCUUUUCUACAGUUCUUCCCAAAUGACAAAAGACUGAAAAUGCCAAAGGAAAAAUGUGCUAAACAAGGCAGGUGAACAGACAUGCCAAAACUCCAGUGUGGUCUUCUUGCCGUACAUAAUGUGUUUCAGUUCAAGUGCAUUUAGAAUGUUUUCAGGCCUCUUGAGUUUUUCUUGGAGGAGACAAGAACCAGACGGCCAGGAGGAAAAAUCAACUCGUUUGCAAAACAUUGAUAAUCAUGGAAAUGAUGUCUUUGUCCAUUCAUAUUUGCUUAUCAAAUGAAGGUGGUGUUUGCUGGGGUGUGUGUGAGCCUGUUGUCUCUCAUCACAAAGCCUUCAUCAUUUCAGCAAGUAAACUAACAUGUUCUUUUCCCUUUGCUCCCCUCUUGCCUCCCAUCCUCUUCUGUUCAGCCUAUUUUGCCAUGCAGGUGAUCUAUGCUCGGCGGAAGUGCAAAAUCUCCCCACCUCUAACAUCAGGUCCACAAGAAUUUGAAAGGAUCUUCAGAGCCCAAGCAAAUUGCUCCGAAUACUUUCCAAUAUUUCUAUCAGUUUUAUGGGUUGCUGGAGUCUUUUCCAAUCAAGCUUUGGCUGCAUUUUGUGGGUUAAUUUAUCUCUAUGCUCGCUAUCAGUACUUUGUUGGGUAUGCACAUUCAGCACAAGAAAGAUUGAGCCCGAUGUACUUUAGUUCUGGUGUACUGUGUGUCCUUAUUGCCUUGUCUGUGGUAGGGCUCACAGCCCAUUUUAUGGCCUUGCCUUAUUUUUGAUUCUAGCACUCCGCUGCCAAGUUAUUCGUGACAAACAGCCCCAGAUAUUUUACAUCACCAUCCUCUACUUUUAUUUCCUUUUUCUCACGUUUAAGUGCCUGUACCUCAAUUAUUUAGCAAGCAGUUCUAUGGAAAUGUAUUUUCUGAGCCAUGUUGAUGUUACUAUGACCUUUAACCUCAAAAAUGUCAGAGUUUUAGAUUUUUAUUUAUACGAGGAAGAAUUUUGAGCAGUGCUUGUGAAAUGUUCUGUGUAUCCAGCGCUGGUUUUUGCUUCCUGGACAUUCAAGUUAUCUGAUUAAGCAAUGGCUGCAUGAAACAAUGCCCCAAAUUUGGGUGCUGGUCCCAACAGGAAUAGAAUAAUUGACCCAAAAGGGUAUGUGGAAAGUUGCAUUUACGGAUUUUCCAUUAGCUUUGUGGGUCUACUCCAGUUGAGAGUAUUAACUGGAUUUAAGAAAAGGAAUAAAAUACUUGUAUUUUUGAAAAGGUCCUAAUUUUUGAGCUCGCAAUUCUGUAGAUAAAUUUGUGCAAUUAUUUCAGUUUCUUGCCAAGGCUUGAACAGCUGUUAGAAGCACUUAGUGAUUCUGGCCCAGAAGUUAAGAUGAAGGCAAAUCAUUCAUCUUUUCUGGAAGACAGGGCAUGCAAGUCUUUUCGAAAACAUUGAAAAUACUUGUGACAAUAGGGGACAAGGCCCCUUCAUGGCACAGCAGGUUAAACUGCUGAGCUGUAGAACUUACUGACUGAAAAGUUGGAGAUUUGAAUCCGGGGAGUGGGGUGAGCUCCCACUGUUAGGCCCAGCUUCUGCCAACCUAGCAGUUCAAAAACAUGCAAGUGUGAGUAGAUCAAUAGUGACUGCUUCUGUAGGAAGGUAACAGUGCUCCAUGCAGUCAUGCUGGCCACAUGACCUUGGAGGUGUCUGUGGACAAUGCCGGCUCAUUGGCUUAGAAAUGGAAAUGAGUACCAUCCCCCAGAGUUGGACAUGACUAGACUUUACUCAUAGGGGACAAAAGACCUGGCUUUGCAAAUGGGGAGGUCUGUUACACAGAGGAAGUGGCUGUCCAUUCGGGUUUAAGCAUAUAUCACCCCACUGCAAAAUCUCUUUGUGGCUGUUGUGUAGCAGUUACCUUUUUGAUGAAUGCACCUCUCCUUCAUACUCGUUGAUGUGAAUUCCUGUUCGAGUGGUCAGAAUUCAGUGCUACAGUGAAGAGCAAGUAAAACAAAACACCCCAUGUUAAAUGGAAUUAAAAUUUUACAGUGCACAUUUUAAUAUAUAUAUAUUUUAUAUAGAUAUACUUGGAAAAAAAUCAAAUGUAUCCAAUAAUAAAAAAUACAUCACAUUAAAGUAGUAUAAUG